CCAAAACUAGAUUCUCAUGAAUCCAUGUGCUCACAGCAUCCUCCACCGUGAAAAUUGACCAAGUCCUUCGUGCGAAACUUGAGCACUUGAAUCCACAAAAACCAAGUCUGUAAUAAACAGAUCUAACAACAUGAAAAAACCAGGUCUUGCUUUUCCCCACAACUCAUCGUUAUCGCCGGCAAGAAGCUUAGAAUUUGCCGAGGGCGUGGUGUAAGAAUUCUCCAUGUGUACACGGUCCAGCGUGCCAGUGUAUCCAGAACCAGAUAGAAUUUAACAAUAUGCAGUUGAAUCUCUGAAUCUUUUCGAUCAAUAGGGAUUGGUGUCAUCACCUCCCAAUUGCUCGACCAUGGCAGGGUUAAAGGUCUCCCAGAAGCAUCACAGGCACAUCAACAACCCCUUCCCUUCCACCCCUAAGCGCCUGCCUUUCAUCCGUGGAAGCCUCUAUUUCGAUCAGGACAAGCUGUUGCAAGACCAGAGUUUUUGUAUUGGGCAGGACUUCCAGCUUUCUUGGAGCGCAAGAAAUGGUGGCCAUCUUUCAAUCUCACACCGAACUCAGCCGAGCCGAAGCGUAUGGUCUACAAUCCCUGGAGAGGCGUUUAUUUCGGCAGCAGCAGUUCAAAGUCAUGCCGAGGAAAGCAGAGGUUCCUUUGUUAUCCAUGAUCGUGAUGCUUAUUUCAUCUGCAAGCACCAGACAAUAGAAGAAAUAAGAGUUAUUCAUGAGACGGACAUUCAAAAGAAGCCCAGCGAUAUUUUUCUCACAUCUGGGUUUCCAAAUUCAAGCAAUGAAGACAUUCGUGAGUUGGUAGAGGAAUCAAAAUUCCCUAUUCUGAUGAUCGCAGGAAGGGUCUUCAAUCAAAAGACUAACUCAACUGCUAAGAAGAACUUGGGGAAGAAAAGAUUGAGAUUUGGUUGUUCCAGGAAAUCUUCACUUGUUGCAAGGUAUUGGUUUCUGCUUGAGCAAAAGAGUAAGAAUCAAAUUGGGUUUCAUCUCAAGUUUGGCGAAUUCGAUCAGAAAUGCAGUCCUGGCAUCAUAUACAAAACGAGUAUAAAGAUCUCCAGGUGGAAAUUAAUUCGAAUGAGGUGCCAGUGGCUCACCUGUAUGUCAAGUAAUAAAGGUUUUGUUGCACUUUCAUCGCAUGAUGAACAAGAGGGAAAGAAGGGAAUUGUCACCGAGUUCAACAAAGUUUUCAUCACAUAUGCAAGCGAUAAAGAUGAGAGGUUUUAUGGUUUCGGUGAGCAGUUUUCCCAUGUCGAGUUCAAAGGAAAGAGGGUGCCAAUUCUGGUGCAGGAACAAGGUAUAGGACGAGGAGAUCAACCUAUCACCUUUGCUGCCAAUUUGGUUAGUUACAGAUCAGGAGGUGACUGGAGUACAACUUAUGCCCCUUCUCCUUUCUACAUUACCUCAAGAAUGAAAUCCCUUUACCUUGAAGGGUACAAUUACUCAGUUUUUGAUCUCACAAAGGUUGACAGGAUACAGAUUGAGAUACAUGGAAAUUGUGCUCAGGGAAGAAUACUGAAUGGAAAUUCACCUGUUGAGCUCCUUGAGCUUUACACAGAGACGAUAGGAAGACCCCCCAUACUUCCAAACUGGAUCAUUUCUGGAGCUGUUGUUGGCAUGCAGGGAGGCACGAAAGCUGUCCACACAGUAUGGGAUCAAUUACAACAAUAUGAUGUUCCAAUUUCAGCAUUUUGGUUGCAGGAUUGGGUCGGCAAGAGAGAAACUGUAAUUGGGUCACAACUUUGGUGGAAUUGGGAAGUUGAUGAAUGCCAUUAUGCCGGAUGGAGAGAGCUAAUAGAUGAUUUUCGUGCUCAUGAUAUUAGAGUGAUGACAUACUGCAAUCCUUGCCUUGUUCCGACUGAUGAAAAACCAAACAAAUACAAAGACCUGUUUGAAGAAGCAAAGAGAUUAGAUAUUUUAGUCAAAGACAAAGCUGGCAGAACAUACAUGAUACCAAAUACAGCUUUUGAUGUCGGAAUGUUGGACUUUACCCACCCAAAAGCAAGCAGUUGGUUCAAGAAGAUUCUUCAUGAAAUGGUGGAUACUGGAAUUAGGGGCUGGAUGGCAGAUUUUGGUGAAGGAUUGCCUUUAGAUGCUUACCUGUAUGCAGAUGAAGACCCUAUUCAAGCUCAUAACAGGUAUCCUGAACUUUGGGCCAAGGUCAAUAAGGAAUUUGUGGACGAGUGGAAAUCAGACAAUGAUACUAACGGGAGAGACCCAGAAGAAAGCCUGGUCUUUUUCAUGCGUGCAGGUUUUAGAGGUAGUCCCAAAUGGGCUAUGCUAUUUUGGGAAGGUGAUCAAAUGGUAAGUUGGCAAGCCAAUGAUGGAAUAAAAAGCAGUAUAACAGGCUUGCUCAGUAGUGGAAUUUCAGGUUUUGCCUUCAAUCAUAGUGAUAUAGGAGGCUACUGUGCAGUAGACAUACCUAUUAUCAGGUAUCAGAGAAGUGAGGAACUUCUCAUUCGCUGGAUGGAACUAAACGCAUUCAGUGUAGUAUUCAGAACACAUGAAGGAAACAAGCCAGCCUCAAAUUGUCAGUUCUACAAGAACAACAACACAUUAUCUCAUUUUGCUCGUUGUGCCAAAAUCUACAAAGCUUGGAAGUUUUACCGAAUCCAACUAGUAAAGGAAGCAGCUCAGAGAGGCUUGCCUGUUGUCAGACAUUUGUUCCUACAUUAUCCAGAUGACAAGCAUGUACAAAGUUUGACAUAUGAACAGUUUUUAGUCGGGACAGAGAUAAUGGUAGCACCUGUACUUGACAAAGCCAAAAAGGAGGUCAAGGUUUAUUUCCCUACAACAGAUGGAUGCUCCUGGCAACACAUUUGGAGUGGAAAGAUCUUCACCAGGCCUUUCAAUCAUUCAGGGAAUAUACAAGGGCAUGAAGCCUGGGUUGAUGCUCCCAUUGGCUACCCAGCUGUGUUUGUAAAAUGUGGCUCUCAUAUUGGGGAAGAAUUUCAAAGCAACCUAAGACUUCUUAAAAUACUGUAAGAGUAAUUUGUGUACCGUACAAUUCAUUUGUUCAAUUAAUAUCAUUUAUUUUAAUUCUC